GACCAAACCGCAGCUCAGUGAGCUCCUCUUGCAUGGAAACCCUCCUUCCCUGGCAGCCUUUUUCUCUCCCUAGAGCUAGCGGCCAGCAUGGCAGGAUGAACCUCUGCCAGCGAUAAUGAUGGCCAAAAAGCAAGAUGUCCGGGCACCCACCUACAACCUGGUCGUGGUUGGCCUGUCCGGCACAGAGAAGGAGAAAGGCCAAUGUGGUGUGGGCAAGUCUUGCCUGUGUAACCGCUUUGUCCGGCCAAGUGCAGAUGACUUCCACCUAGACCAUACCUCCGUUCUCAGUACCAGUGACUUUGGAGGCCGUGUUGUGAACAAUGACCACUUCCUGUUCUGGGGAGAGGCUGGGCGGACGAUGGAGGAAGGGCCAGAAUGCCGUAUGAAUGUGGUGGAGCAGACAGAGUUCAUUGAUGAUCAGACGUUCCAGCCACACCGAAGCACAGCGCUCCAGCCUUACAUCAAGAGGGCAGCUUCUGCCAAGCUGGCUUCGGCUGAGAAGCUAAUGUACUUUUGCACAGAUCAGCUGGGACUGGAGCAGGACUUUGAGCAGAAACAGAUGCCAGAAGGCAAGAUUAUGGUGGAUGGCUUCUUACUCUGUGUGGAUGUUAGCAGGGGGAUGAACCGUAGCUUUGAGGACCAGAUGAAGUUUGUUACCAAUCUGUACAACCAGCUUGCCAAAACAAAGAAACCUGUGGUACUGGUUCUCACCAAAUGUGAUGAAGGAGUUGAGCGCUAUAUUAAAGACUCACACACCUUUGCCCUAGCCAAGAAGAACCUACAGGUGGUAGAAACAUCAGCACGCUCUAAUGUCAAUGUUGACUUAGCCUUUCUUACACUGGUUCAGCUAAUAGACAAGGGUAGGGGAAAGCCCAAAAUCAUCCCUUACUUUGAGGCACUGAAACAGCAGAGUCAACAGAUUGCCUUAGCCAAAGACCGCUAUGAGUGGCUGGUCAACCGAAUUGUGAAGAACCACAAUGAGACAUGGCCCAUUGUCAGUCGACGCAUGCAGUCUGCCCCUGAGUACAAGGACUAUGUUUUCCUUGAAGGGACAGCUAAGGCCAAGAAGCUCUUCCAGCAGCAUGUGCAUAGACUUAAACAAGACCAUAUAGAGAAACGUAGGAAGGCCUAUCUAAGUACACUACCACAGGCACUGUCUGUAGUGUUACCACAGUUGGAUGAGAUAGACCACCUGAGCUGGUCUGGAGUUCAGAAAGUCCUGGAGACAAAGAGAGAUUUUUCCCAAUGGUUUGUAGUGCUAGAUGACACCCCUUGGGAGACCACACCACACAUUGAUAACAUGGAGGAUGACCGAAUCCCCCAGGACCUCCUGGAGACCCCAGCAGCUGAAGCUAUCUAUGAGACCCACCUGGAGCACCUAAGGAAUGAGCGCAAACGGGCUGAGAUGAGAUGGGAGUUCAAGGAGAAGCUAAGUGUCUCUCCUUUCAUCACACCCGGGAAACCCUGGGAGGAGGCUAGAAGCUUCAUCAUGAAUGAAGACUUCUACCAGUGGCUGGACGAGGCUGAAUAUCUGGAUAUCUACAACAAACACCAGAAGGAAAUCAUUGACAGAGCCAAAGAGGACUUUCAGGAACUGCUUCUUGAAUACUCUGAACUCUUUUAUGAGCUGGAAGUGGAUGCAAAGCCAAGUAAAGAGAAAAUGGGAGCGAUUCAGGAGGUGUUGGGUGACGAGCAAAGGUUUAAAGCCCUGCAGAAGCUGCAGGCAGAAAGGGAUGCUCUGGUAUUAAAACAUAUCCACUUUGUCUACCACCCCACAAAGGACACCUGUCCCAACAGCCCCCACUGUGUUGACAGUAAGAUAGAGCAGAUUCUGGCCUCCAGAUUCCCUACCCGCUACCCAGCAUCAGAUAGUUCAAGACUAGAUUUGGGGAGGGCUGAACGGAUUAAUCUUGUCAUCCUAGGAAAAGAUGGGCUAGCCAGAGAGAUGGCAAAUGAGAUAAGGGCCUUGUGCACCAGUGAUGACAGGUACGUGUUGGAUGGCAAGAUGUAUGAGUUAGCCCUUCGUCCCAUAGAGGGCAACGUACGUCUGCCAGUCAAUUCAUUCCACACACCAACCUUUACACCACAUGGUUGCCUGUGCUUGUACAACUCAAAGGAAUCCCUCUCUUACGUUGUCGAGAGUUUAGAAAAGCUUAGGGAGUCAACUAUAAGCAGAAGGGAAAGGGAAAACAGCUUAGCCCAACUCCCACUGUCCCUCCUUCUGGUCACCAAGCGAGGGGUGGGGUCAAUUGGGGAUAUUGGGGGGGAGACAGCUCAGACUCUUAUCCAACAAGGGCAGCAGGUAGCUGGAAAGCUGCAGUGUGCCUACCUAGACCCUGCCUCUCCAGGCAUGGGCUACGGUCGCAAUGUCAAUGAGAGGCAGAUCAACCAGAUGCUGAAGGGCCUCUUAGAAUCACGGAGAAGCAUAGGAAGCAGCUCCCCUCCAUUACCCCCUCCAGCCUCUGCCUUCAGAGACUCUCAGUCCCAGCCAAUGCUAGAGGCAGACCUGAGGAUAGUCAUGUGCCUGAUGUGUGGAGACACAUACGACAUAGACCAGCUCCUUGCUCCCUUCCUGUUGCCCCAGCAUUGUCGUCCUGCUGCCAGUCUCAGCAGUGGCACCUCCGUUUUGCUGGAUCUUAGUAUAGGAGGUCAGAGGCAAUAUAUUGAGCUGUCACUGCUCUCCUUUCAUUCCUCAUUCUCACUCCGCAAGACCAAGCUGGUCCACGGCUACAUUGCAGUUUACUCUGCUCGCCGCAAGGCCUCUAUGGAGACAUUAUGUGCUUUCCUGUGUGAGGUCCAAGACAUCAUCCCAGUCCAGUUGCUAGCAGUAGGGGAGAGUCAGAUGGAGCUGUCAGACUCAGAGUCAGCUAAGGAGCAGGUCAGCCAGGGAGAGGAACUGGCCCGUGAAAUAGAGGCCAGGUUUAACACAGUGAUAUGUGGACAUGGUGGGGUAGUAGGGGGGCUUCAUAAGAUAGACCUUUUCCAAUCCUUCCUCAAAGAGGCGGUAGAGAAGCGCACUAUUGUUGAGGCCACACACAUGUAUGAUAAUGUGGCUGAGGCAUGUACCAAUGAGAGCAUCAGCCCUCGCUGUGGCUCUCCUAGUCCAGUUAACAUUCUUAUGGAUUCAGAGGACGAUAUUGACCCAUCACCACCUUACCCUACCCUGAGGGAGGAUGUCAGUCUGAGUUCCCAACUGGGAAGCUUCAAGCUGCAAGAUCCGGAUUCAAGUGAUACCUUCUCUGUCAUUUCUGAUCUCAGCACCUUUGAGAGCAAGCUGAACAACAAGGUUCCACCACAAGUAAAGCCGAAGCCUGUACGUAAGGUUAACCUCGGCCCCUACAUGGACCAGCAGGGUGGCACCAACCGCCGCUCUUUGCCCCAAGCUGUCACCUGGGCUCCAGGUAGCGAUGGUGGCUAUGACCCCUCAGACUACGCAGAGCCCAUGGAUGCUGUGAGCAAACCUCGACCUACAGAAGAGGAGAAUAUUUACUCUGUCCCUCAUGACAGCACACAGGGCAAGAUCAUCACCAUUCGCAACGCCAACAAAGGUCACUCCAAUGGAAGUGCCGGGGGGAAUGGGUCCGACAGCGAGGCUGAUAGCAGCUCAUUGGAGCGCAGGAGAAAGUUGUCUGCCAUUGGGGUAAAGCCUAAGCUUUACAGAGACAGAUCCAAACGACUUGGCAAGUUCAGCAGUUUUAGGACGAGCUUCUCUAUAGGCAGUGAUGAUGAGAUGGGGGGUCCACCCAAGGCUAGCCAGGAUGAGGUAGGAGCCCAAAAGGACAACUCCAUCGAGGAGAUUGAGGACCCCAAAAGGAGAAAUAUUCUUAAGAGCCUGCGCAGAACUGCAAAGAAACCACGACCCAAACCCAGGCACUCCAUCUCAAAACCCAUUGAGAGCAACUACUUUGGUAUACCACUAGCCACCGUGGUCACUCCUGAGAGGCCGAUUCCAGUCUUCAUUGAGAAGUGCAUCCGUUUCAUUGAAACAACAGGGUUAAACACAGAGGGCAUCUACAGGGUCAGCGGGAACAAGGCAGAGAUGGAGAGCAUGCAGCGGCAAUUUGACCAAGACCACAACCUGGACCUAGUAGAGAAAGACUUCACCAUGAACACAGUAGCUGGAGCCAUGAAGGCCUUCUUCUCUGAGCUACCUGAGCCUCUGGUGCCCUACAGCAUGCAGGGAGAUCUGGUGGAGGCCUUCAAGAUCAACGAUAGGGAGCAGCGCUUCCAGACGAUGAAGGACAUUCUGCGCCGCUUCCCCAGGGAGAAUUACGAGGUCUUCAAAUAUGUCAUCAGCCACUUGAACAAGGUGAGCCAGAACAACAAGUUGAACCUCAUGACCAGUGAGAAUCUGUCCAUCUGUUUCUGGCCCACACUGAUGAGACCAGACUUCACCACCAUGGACGCCCUGACUGCCACCCGUACCUACCAGACAAUCAUCGAGAGCUUCAUCCACCAGUGCGCAUACUUCUUCUACAAUCAGCCGCUGGCUGACGGCCUCCCCGGCUCCCCCACCUCUACGCUCUCCGGAGGAGGAGGAACCUCGGCCUACUCCUGCAUGGCCGGAGGCUACUCAUCUUCGCCGACUCCGUCCCCGACUCCCUACGUCCUCCCAGCCAUCCCUCCUGUCAUUCCUCACUACGGCCCUCCUAUCCACCACCACCACCACCUUCACCACCAUCAACAUCAGUCCCCACCCCACUCCCCACCUGCUACUCCCCAGUCUCCGAUCCCAGCCCUGCUGCCGCCCUCCCUGCACCCCCAUCACCCCCCUACGGAACAACACACGCUGUGAACCAGGGAUCAAGGGAAAGAGGGGAGAGGAAAAAAAAAACCCAGAAGAAGACGGAUAACGAGAAUCAGAGAGAUUUAAGGGUUUAGAAUAAGAUAUUUUGAAGUUUGGGAAGGAAUUGAAGAAGAAAAAUUGAAACAAGAACAGGAGGUAUGAAGAGAAGUUGGGAGGGAUACAGUAGAGUGAGAUGCAGUAUGUACAGGGAGAAACCUACAUGUUUGGGAGAAGAAGGGGGUGUUUGAGCCUCUGUUGCUUUUAGAAACAUGGACACACACAAGGCAGAAAAGGGGAACACUGAAGAGCCUCUGAACUGGCAGUAUGACAUUUUCCCUCCUUGCCACUUUAUCCCUUUGUCUCUCAGUGUCACUUCAUCUAGACCUGCCCUCCUUGCCUUAUAGAGAACCUACACACAAGCACACUAAUGAGUGAGAUGGAGCCAGUAACUGUUAAAGGGACUCAGAAGUCAAGUUGAAAGGGGAAUCUGAACUCUGUUAUGUUACGAUUGCUUCACCACACACACACACACACACACACAUACACGCACUUGACACAAACCGCCAGUGGCCAGUGUGCCUCCGACAACCAUUCUCCUCAAUUCCUUAGCCUCUAACUGUGCUGGGUAUUUUGGUGGACGCCGCACGUUUUUGCAAUCCGACCCACCUACUGUACCUACCUGGGAGGAUGGGGACAAAGUGGAGAACAGAGAGAGUCCUGAACACGUUUUUUUUUUAUUUUGCCAUUGUACAGAGGACUUGAGCAAGAAACACGUGUUACUACUCACCCGACAGGAUGUUCUGUCCUCCACAACACACACACACACACACACAUUCCUAUCUAUCAACCCCUCACACAGCCACACGCACGCAUGCAGACAAAUUUAGUUUCAGUUGAGGCAGUAUGCCAAACACAGAAGAA